CUCCUACGGACCCUCCUCUUCACAGACUGUCACAGCUUCGAGUGCACAAUCCUCUUCCUACCCCUCCCAUUCUACAGUGGUGGCAGGUGUGAGGGGAGAGAACAUUGAGCAUUUGAAGCUUCGACUUGAGGCUCGGCCACCGACUUUGCUUGGCCGUGACACCAGUGAGGCUACUCGGCUCCACUGGCCGCCCCGCCCGUAAUGGGUACGCCUGUUUCUGCCUCCGCGUGAGGACUGGGGCCACAGGGUGACGGCGUGUCUCUUCACAGAGCCCUCAGAGCCUGUCACUGAGGAAUCCAAACCUGUAGAGAUGCCCUUCCACCACUGCCACAGGGACCCCCUGCCACCGCUGGGGCUCACCCCUGAGAGGCUGCAUGCGCGGAAACAGCUGUAUGCUGCCUGUGCCGUGUGCUUCGUCUUCAUGGCGGGGGAGGUGGUCGGCGGGUAUCUGGCACACAGCCUAGCCAUCAUGACCGAUGCAGCCCACUUGCUAGCGGAUGUGGGUAGCAUGAUGGGCAGCCUCUUCUCCCUCUGGCUUUCCACCCGUCCAGCCACCCGCACCAUGACCUUUGGCUGGCACCGCUCAGAAUGGCCUUUGUGCUGCACCAGGCUGGGCCUCCCCACAGCCACGGGUCUAGGGGAGCAGAGUAUGCACCGCUGGAGGAGGGGCCUGAAGAACCCCUGCCCCUGGGGAACACCAGCGUCAGGGCAGCAUUUGUGCAUGUGCUGGGGGACCUCCUGCAGAGCUUCGGGGUACUGGCUGCCUCCAUCCUCAUCUACUUCAAGCCUCAAUACAAGGCAGCUGACCCCAUCAGCACCUUCCUCUUCUCCAUCUGUGCCCUUGGAUCCACAGCGCCCACCCUCCGAGACGUUCUUCGAAUCCUCAUGGAAGGUACCCCCCGCAAUGUGGGGUUCGAACCUGUGCGGGAUACACUGUUGUCAGUGCCAGGAGUCCGGGCAACCCAUGAGCUGCACCUGUGGGCCCUUACGCUCACUUACCACGUUGCCUCUGCACACCUGGCCAUUGACUCCACUGCUGACCCUGAAGCCGUCCUGGCUGAAGCCUCAUCCCGUCUCUACUCCCGGUUUGGAUUCUCCAGCUGUACCUUGCAGGUCGAGCAGUACCAGCCAGAGAUGGCCCAGUGCCUGCGUUGCCAGGAGCCUCCCCAAGCCUGAGCCAUGGCCCUGCCCUCACCCCACUGCCAGGCCGAGGCUCAGCCCCGGACUCUCAGGAUCUGCUGCCCUGAUCACAGAGACGGGACCGAGCCAGGCCCAUACCCCUUCCUCUCUCCUUCCUUCCACCUGCCAGUUCCCCCAGCCUCAGCCCCAGCCCCGGCCCCAGUGGGCAAGACCAAAGUGUGGCGGGGAGUGGGGUGGGAGUCAGGGGAACAGAUGUGACCAGUUCAGGGGCAGGGACUCCUGGGCCUUAGUGUGGCGGGGUGUGUUGAAGGCCUGCAGUGCCCUCUCCCCAUGGUCUGGAAAGCCACGAACAUCCUUUCCCUGCAGUCCAUUUGUCUGUGUGGCAGGCUGGCUGGCUGGCUGGGGCCAUCUGCCUGUCUAUGUGCUGUUGGUGUGCCUAUGCCUGGGGGAGGUCAGUAGGGGCCCCCUCCCCACAUGGCGCUCGCUCGGUCUAUGCAGGGGCCCCGAAGCCCGCACUUUGUCCGCGUGUCUUAGCCCUGUGGUUUUGUCUGUGUGUGUGUGUGUGUGUGUGUGUGUGUGUGUUCUUGGUGCUGUAGCCUGUGUUUCUCUGUGCCUAUGUGGCUGUGCUAUGGUCUCUAUGAGUCUGCUCCAUGUGUCUUUUUGGGGCUCUAUCUCUCCAACCCUCUGUUGGUGCUGUGCCCUUGGCUAUCCCAGAAAGAGGGAGGACUCCACUGCAGCUCCACCAAUAAACUCAUGUCUCACUGCAUCUUUCAGCCUGUGUGCUGACUCUUCAAGAGGGGGAAAUUGAAUAGGUCACUUGAGAGCGACAGAAUCCCUCCUGUCCCUUCCCAGCCUCUGGAGUGACCUCCCACAGACCUCUUGUCCCUUCCAGUCCCUCCCCAGCCCCUCCACCCUCAGAUGUAGGGUAAAAGCCACCAGUCUCUUUACUCCCUUUCCCGUGGUUCACAGCACGUGUGGGUCCUUGGCUCAGGGAGAGCCCACGUGCCCUGGGCUUGGUUGCAGGAUAAGGCUGGAAGGCAAGGAGCCAAGGAACCCAUGGGAGUCAGUCAUUCCCAGAGGUCCCCACAUGACAUUGGGCCUCAGGCUGGCUGGAGGGAGGCUGGGUCCCUUGGAGGGAGAGUGGCUGGACCAUGUAGCACUAGUGUAGACUUGGUUCUCAGGCCAUCUAAGGUGUCUAGCAGUAGGGACCCCUCAACCCUGACAGCAGCCAAUCCUGAGUCAGGUUUAGGCUGUGAACACCAAGGACCUCUUUUACACCUAUUCCCCCUUUGUCUUAAGAAUUGCACAUUAAAUCACAUUUAAGACACAUUAAGUCUUAAAAUCAGGCUCCUUAAGGGAUUGUUGAUUUUCUCUUUUAAAAUUAUCAAACUCAAGCUGGACAUAGUGGCCUGUGCCUGUAAUCCUAGCACUUUGGGAGGCCGAGGAAGGAGGAUUGUUUGAGUCCAGAAGUUCAAGACCAUCCUGGGUAACCUAGGGAAACCCCUGU